AUGUAUAGUUACGAGACUGUCAAGUCUGCGUUUGUAGACAACGAUCUUGAGUCUAUAAGAAAGGUGAACGAAUAUAUGUUGAAGCAAAUCGGUGCUUCAAAUACAAAAUCUAUGGAUGAGCUCUUAGACGCUAUCUAUGACACCAAAUCCAGUCUGGCUAGGAAUUUUGGUGCAGAGAUUUUUAUACCAGCAUUUGCUCAUCAACAACAGAAGAAGUGUACAGCAAUAAGGUAAGGAGAUUAUAUGUAUAUAUUGGUUCUUAGUAAGUGUGUUUAUCACGCCAGUAAAAGCCGCUUGGGCGCCUUGUAUAAAUUUGCAUUUUUCUGCGCGAUUGGUCAAGACAGUUCAAAGGUUAUUUAUAUCAUUGUAUCGUGCCAACAAUGCACAAGCCAUUGGGUCGCUUUUAUAUUCCUAAUAAUCGUUCAUAUUAGCAUUGUUUGUAUCGGGUAAGGUUUUAUUGAUGUAUUUGUUCGCUUGAACCGGUAAUUACAGCACAUGCCGCAUGGUCUGGUGUUUAUGCUGUUUUGUAAUACGAUAUCUUGAAUUCAUAUCAACAUAUUUUUACCUUCCUGUCAGCACAACAUGAAUUAUAUCUGCUAGAAUUUUAUGUGAACAAUUUAUAUUUAUAGUAGUAUACUUUAAUAUUUAACUUAUUAAUUUAUACAUUAUUUUUUGUUCCUUCAAUUCACUUAGGUCUGAAGCUUCUGGCAAUUGUUUGUAUAGUUCUGUGUCUCUGGUACUGGUAGGUGAUAACAGUUUAGUGAAAAUUUUGAGGAUAUUAACCUCAGUUGAGCUUUUUAUGAAUGCGAAUUUUUAUUCUGAACACCCUUGCUUUUUGUCUGCUGUGAACGAACAUAGUGAAUACUUUAGGAAUUCUAUUAACAAUCUUUUACCUUUGUCUGUGUCUAUGGAGUGUUUAGAUACAGAUUCAACCAAGGAUAACUUGGUAGAGCAGGUAGCUAUUUUAAAUUGUGGUGAUAAGAAAUGGUCAUCAUUUUUAUGUAUUCUAGGUCUUUCGUCUGUUUUACGUAGAAAUAUACAUACUUACUACCCUGAUGCUGGUGCGGAUAGAUAGAAAUUGUUUUUUAAUAGGCUAGUUCAGCCACGCCAGAAUCCUCAGAAAGGUGUAGAUGAUAUUCAUAUUUUAUUUUGCCAUGAAGGUGAUAUUAAACCUGGAGAAGCUUUCCAGCCUAAUCAUUUUGUACCUCUUCGUUUUCAUUCACACAAGCAUAAACGGAAAUGUUCUGCAGAUUCACAGAUUUCAACAGUAACAAAGAAGCAGGAAAUGGUCCCUAUUUUUCCCAAACGAGCAAUAACCAAGAAGCAAAAACUGACCCCUAUUUUGCCAAAGAAAGCAUCAAAUAAAGCGGAUGCUAAUAUAUUAAAUUUUUUCACUAUAGCGGACAAGCCCACUGUUGUUGUCAAUCCUGCAUGCCAGAAGGCCCCUAAUGAGACUUUUUCUUCUGCCACACAACUUGAUGCUCAUAAAUUAGACGAGUUUGCAACACCAAACUCCACUUCUCAACAUUCGUCAACUAAAACACAACAAAGUACUACUUCUCUUCCAGCAACAAAUAUGGUACAGACUUUUGCAGAGGUAAAACAUGAUUUUACCCCUAAUUUUGAUUGA